AUGGCUGUACGUCAUGGUCUCCAGCGAGCUCGGGUUCGACAAAUACUACGUGGUGUUCUUCCUGGGCGAGGGCGCGAUCAUGCUCUCGGGCCUCGGCUACAACGGCCGCGACGCCAACGGCCACGUCCUCUGGGAUCGGCUCCUGAUGCUCCGGCUGAUUCCCUUCAAGCUGGCCCAGGACCCCUCCACCCUCGCCGCCAACUGGAACAUCGUGUCCGCCAACUGGCUCAAGCGAUAUGUGUAUGUGCGGUUGCUGCCGGCGCGCACCAACGUGGUGGCGGACAAGGCCGGAGCCCCGCUGCCGCCGGCCAAGCCGGUCGGGUUCGUGCGCCAGAUCGUGCCCUUCUUCGCCACCUUCUUCGUGUCCGCCAUCUGGCACGGAUUCUACGCGGGCUACUACCUCUUCUUCCUCUCCCUCGCCGUCUUUGGAGCCAUCGGUCGCCUGAACCGGAUGUACAUUCGGCCCUACUUCAUGGCCCCGGACGGGCGAACGGGCGCCUACCCCCGGAAGUACUUCUACGACGGCGCGUCGCUAUUCUGUAUGCUCGUGGGCCUCAGCUACCACGUCAUCAUCUUCCGCACCUUCACCUUCGACAACGCCAUGAAGGUGUGGUCGGCCUUCUACUUCAUGCCCCACUUCCUGGGCGUCGCCGCCAUCCUCUUCUACGCCGUCGCCCUGCCCACCGGCCUCCUGCGCCGACAAAAGAGACCAUCAUCAUCUUCAUCACCACCCUCAUCAUCUUCAUCACCAGCCAAGAAGAUCAGCUAGUUCGAACGAACACCACUACCCUUACUACCCUCCACACAUCAAACAUUUUCACGGUACAACAAUACACCAAACAUUUUUUUAAUAUAUUGGGAUGUAAAUGUAGUGUUGAUGUUAAUGUUAACGACUUAUAG